UUGGACUGAAGCUGCACUGGAAAAGAACAGAGUCUCCCUGUUCAUGACUCAGCGUGUGAACGGAGGCAGAGCAUAUCUGGUUCAGACUUGAUGAAUACCAGUUUCCUCACUGUGGGAAUUCCUGAACUUGGGGUUCUGUUGCACAAUCUCCUUCCACUGCUGAUUAUAUGACCCUGGAUGUUAGGGUGCUGGACCAGAAGAGAAGGUUGGACUCUGAGGAACACAUCAUGAAGUUGCAUUUGGCAGCAGCUCUGUCUUCUUUGGUGUCGUUGCACAUCUGUCUGUCUCCAGUUUGCUGUCAGCAGCCUGUGAACUGCAGAUGGGGGGCUUAUGGAGAGUGGUCUGAGUGUGAUGGCUGCACCAGCACAAAGGUGCGUACUCGCCACGUGCAAGUGUAUGCCCAGUUUGGGGGUGUGCCAUGUUCAGGAGAGGCAACACAAACACAACCGUGUGUCCCACAGAAAAGAUGUCCAUUGGAAACAGGAUGCGGAGACAGGUUCCGCUGCACCUCGGGUCAGUGUAUCAGCCGCUCUCUUCUGUGUAACGGAGACCAGGACUGUGAGGAUGGUCUGGAUGAGAGAGGCUGUGACAACAGCCAGUACUCAUGUGACCUUCACAAAACGCCUCCCAACUCUGACUUCACAGGCAGAGGGUAUGACGUGUUGACAGGGAAACUGAGAGCAGGUGUGAUCAACACUCUGAGCUUUGGAGGCCAGUGCAGGAAGGUGUUCAGUGGUGACCACCAAGUCUAUUACAGACUGCCACAGAACAUCCUCCGGUACAACUUUGAGGUGAAAGUAAACAAUGAUGAGAAUGAUGAAUCCUACGAAAGCUCCUGGUCCUACAUGCAACACAUCCAGUCCAACGCCUUGGUGGGACAUGACCGCCGCACCUUCCACAGAGAUGUCACUGGGUCUAAGGCCCACAGAUUGAUAAUCCUGAAGAAUAAAGUGGAGCUGGCACAGUUCCAAAACUCUGCCCCCCAGUAUCUUACCCUGGCCGAAGGCUUCUGGAAGGCCCUGUCCUCGCUGCCGCUCACAUACGACUACUCUGCCUACCGCCAGCUGCUUCAGACGUACGGCACACACUACUUCUCUGAGGGCUCCCUCGGAGGCGAAUACCAAGCCUUGUUGGAGAUAGACCGCCAGUUCCUCGCUUCAUCCAAUACAACAGACAUUGAGUACAAGAAGUGCUGGAGAAAAGUGAAACGGCGUUUUUUCAGGAAGAAAGUGAAAACUGUCUGUGAAAAACUGACAAAAUCUUUAUCAUCCAGCCAUGGACACAAUGUAAAUAAGAUGCCCAUUAAGGUCAACAUUUUUGGUGGAGAUCUGUCCUUCAUAGCUGCUCUGUCUGUUCUGGAUCUGGAAAAUCCAGAAGCUAAUGGAGAGGUCUAUGAUAACUGGGCUUCAUCUGUCAAAGACUUCCCUGAUGUCAUAGACCAGAAGCUGCGUCCUCUGUAUGAGCUGGUGAAGGAGGUCCAGUGUGCAGGUUUGAAAAAGCUCCACCUGAAAAGAGCCACAGAGGAGUACCUGGUGGAGGAGCAUCCCUGUCACUGCCGGCCCUGCCAGAACAACGGAGAGCCGCAGCUGACAGGCUCCGAGUGUAGCUGCGUCUGCCGGCCGGGAACCUCCGGACGAGCCUGCGAGAAUGGAGCUGUGAUUGGAGAGCAACCAGGGGUGAUCCAUGGCAGCUGGAGCUGCUGGUCAUCCUGGGGAUCUUGUUCCAAUGGUCAAAGGUUGAGGACUCGCAGCUGCAACAAUCCCGCUCCCAGCAGAGGCGGCCGCUACUGCACUGGAUUGCAAGAGGAGCAGAGUCCUUGUGAGGAGCCAGAGAUCCAGUAUUUACAGAGGAUGGAGCCUCAGUGCUUCAGUCUCUCUGUGACUCCACCUAAGACAUGUGGUCCACCUCCUAACCUCAGGAAUGGAUUUGUUGAGAAUCCAAGAGAUUUUUACCUGGUUGGAAACAUAGUGGAGUACUCCUGCAUAAGUGGCCAUCACCUCAGUGGAAACGCUGUGUCUCGGUGCACUGAAAACCAGAGGUGGACGACAGAAACAAGAGUUUGUAAAAGUUCCACAUGUGGGAUUCCCCCUCUCACCGGUGAAGUUAUAGCCACGCCCACCCAAGCAGCCUAUCAGAUAGGAGACAGAGUGUCUCUCUCCUGUCCUGCGCAGUCAGUGCUGGAUGGUGAAGUGUCAGAGAUCCUAUGCAACCCCAGUCUGCAGUGGUCUCCCUCUCCAGCAGGCGCUCAUUGUAAAGCAGCUCCUACACCUCCCUCUCUUCCACCCGGCCUGAAAUGUAAACUGUGGGAGAAUGUAGGAAAAACUGGGUGUGUGUGUAAAAUGCCAUUCCAGUGCUCGACUUCUCUGCAGUUGUGUACCAGAUUUAGCUCAAGCCAAGCCCGUUUAUUCGGCGUCUGUCAGCUCGGGGCUCUUCGGUGUUUGGGACGGAGCUUCACGUUGGCCAGUGACAGCGACUGUACCUGGCCAGAGGAGACAUUCACAUCCUGCGAGGCUUGCAAACCAGGAACAGUCUGUCAGGAAUCAGAAAGGAAGUGCGUAUGCCAAAACACGUCAGAAUGCCCUAAAGACUCCGCCCCCCUGUGCGUUAACUCUGGUGUUGGCAGUGUUGCCACGACGAUGAGCGAAUGCGAGGUGGGGGCCAGACGGUGUGCUGGGGAGCAGCUGAACGUGAUCGGAAUUGAGGCUUGUCCAGAAUAAAGAAGGUGGUUGUUUUACUCACUGUGAAGUAUCACACUGGCAACCGGACAGUUUUUUUUCCCUCACUGACAUGAUUGUAAAUAGAAGCUAAUGUCUUUUCUUAACUUGAAUGAUGUAAAUAGGCUCCUCUGCCAUCCUGUGCUUUCUUUCUAUAUUUGUCAUAGAGGACCAAGGGCAUAGGUUUGGUCCAUAGGUUUGGUCUCAACAUUGGUAGGGACACAACAACCCAGCCAAACAAAGAUUAACAUGUAAGAUCUGUAUUUACAUUUAAAUAAAAACUUUACACAAUAACAGAUCAAAGACUAAAGGAAAGUAAACUUUAGGAAAUAACUUGUUAAUGGAAAAGUGAGAAAAAACGCAUUUUUAUAUUCAGUAGGCCUACAAGUGUUGUAGUUCCCCUUUUCCCCUUGAUGUCACAUUUAACAGUAAAAUAUAAAAUAUAAUCCAGUGAUGCAUCACUAUUAAUAAUCUAAUAAUGUAAGGGUAGUGAUGUUAGGUAGCUAGCAGGUAUUUAAUGUAGCUACAGGCUAGAUAGUUCACUACCUAUUACUUCCUGUGGAAAGUGAAAAAUCUGCUGAUGUCUCUUUUUUGGUUGCAUGAUAUCUACAAAGUACAAAACGUGUUUACAUGGACAAAACUAAAUGAUGUGUGCUGUGCAGUUCAGUUCAGACAAUAGAGGAAAGAGAGUCAUCUGAAAUACAAAAUUUUGACCCAACCUGGAGGUCUGAACUAACAGCACUGAUAACUUCACUCAAAGAUUGGUAGGAACAAUUCUGUACUCCCAUAUGCAAAUCUACGCCCAGGUGGAGACGGAUAAUUGACAACAUUUGCUUGAGAAGCAAUAAUGUUCUGUUCUGAAGGUUUGACAAAAUCUGAAAUAAAUGCCUUUGCUUUGGUUAAAGGAAGAUAAUUAAACACUUGUCAGAUUGCAUUUUUGUUCUCUUUAUCUCUUUUGUUAAAAUAUCAAUUAUUAUUUUACUUGGUCAUUCAUCUAAUAAUUUUUCAAAUCACCAGUAAUGACUUCAAAUUAUGUUUAUUUUUAAAAUACCUUUCACCUUAUAUUGAUUGUGUGAUGUCAAAACUUGCAUUUAAGGAUUAGCCAGGUUGAUCAGAAUAUGUGCUGUGUAGGCAUUUUUGUAGCCCCGUCGUUAGAGCUGAAUGUUCUGCCAAAGAUGUUUUUUUUAGUUGGAAUGAUUGUUCUUGCAUUUCAUUUUCACUGAAAUUGUUUUUUAAAUGAAGAUGAUGUGAUUUUUGGUGGGGUUUGUACCAAACAAGCAUGUUCCCCUACGUCGGCAGAAUAUGAUUUAUAGGCUGUACCACAACACGUAUGGUGUUAACAAUGCACUACCAUGUUGUGAUACAUUUUACUUUUAUCAACAAAAUUGCAUCUCCUGUGAUUUGGAUAUUGCACUUGGCCAUAUUGUGAUUUCGAUUAUAUUUUGAUUAAUUUUGCAGCCCUACCAGUAAUAAUUAUUUACUAUUGUUUUCUGCAUUCUCUUUGGUCUCCAUUCAAAUAUUGUUACAGGGCCUUUUUGAUACCAUUUAAUCAAAUGAGGAAGUCAUAUAAAAAAUAUGAUAUACAGGUAUCUGUCUGUGGUUCCAGUUUAGUCUCAGUCUUGAGUAUCUGGAUAGCUUGGUCACAUUAAUGUGUAUUUCACGGUUUGAAAAAUAUUCUGAGAGAUAACUGUGCUCCCACUGAUUUGAAUCUAACACCAAUCUCACGUAGUUUAUGUCACUACAGGAGAGUGUGAUCUGCAUAGAUCGAACAGGGUCUGACCCCUGAUUUGUGACUGUACAUUCUUUGAAUUUAUAAGCCCUGAGUCUGAUGUUGCACAUUUUCUGUAUUUAAAACAAAAACUGGAAUGGCAUUUAUUUCUGCUGUAUUGUUGAUGCCAUGUAGAUGUACUCUUCUGUCCGUUCCAAAUAAAGAUAUAAUUAAAAAAAAAGAAAAA